AUGAAGAAACGCCCAGGAGAAGCGCUGCUGUACGAUCCCAUAAUGGCAGCGCUGAGGGACAGAAGCGGAUGUCGUGUAACGAAUCGAACAGAUAUGGAGGACGCCCACCUCGAAAUAGUGUUUCGAAAAUUGGAUUGGAAAGAUGGCCUGAAGAUUAGUGACGAGCAGCUAAAUCACUUACGCGUCACAAAUGGCACAGUUCUUGUUGCCAACAAUCCUCAUGAAAUAGAUGAAAUGCUGCAAGAACUCAACACACGCAGUAAGGAAGUGGGCCUGAAAAUCAACGCAUUAAAAACAAAGGUGGUACAAAGUCUCUAUAUGCUCGUGGCAAGACUGCAGAUAGAUGAUGUGAACGUCGAAGAAAUUGACAUCUACGCUUGUCUUGGGCUGGAACUAAAUAUGAGCCGUAAUAUCAAGCAGGAGAUUGUAAAUCGAAGACCAGCCGCAAUCAGACUUUUCGACAAACGAGCAACGCGCAGGAUAUCACUGCGACCAGGCGAUAAAGUAAAAUCCGAUGGACAGGAUAUGUUGCCCGUCCUGUCGACAUCCGAUGGACAAUGCACGUUAGUGAAUGGUGCCCAUGGAAAAAUAAUCUACCACUCGCGCUGCCUUCAAAGAGCUGGAACACAAGCGUAG